UAACAUGCGGUUUAAUUCGGUUGGCAAAGUUUGUUGAUUACCGCGUUUGCAUUUUUUUGACGACUGCUUUUGAGGUCUCAAGAAUCCACUUCUCUCUACCAUUCAAAUUUUCCAGCCAUAAAAUUUACUUCUCACUUUGACUCCAACGUCCGCACCUUUCUACUUCCUUGACUUCCAAUCCAUCUCCUUCUCAUGCACUGAAUCAAGGAUUGUUAGCUACUCAUUCAGAAAAAGGCAUACUUGGCAUGAAAAAAACUUAUAUGUUGAAAGACCGUGCCACGGAUUGAAUCCCAAUUGCUUUGAUUUUGAACAUCCAUCUUGAUCUGAGGAUUGUUUUGACCACAGGGUGCCUUUCAUUUUUCAUUUCACUACCAUUUAUGGUAGGAGAUGUUGACAUGUCACCAACAGGACAGAGGCUUCUGAUCAAAACAACAAAGAGUCUAACUCAAUUUCAUCUUCAAAUAUGAAAAUGGAGAAAGCAACCCGAGUGGUCCGUUCUCCCCAUGCUUUCCUGUUUCUUGUUGGUUACUUAUUAAUACUUGAAAGAGUUGGAGGAGACGCAAGAACGCAGACAGUGCAAAUCAUGUGCGGACACCAGCGUGAGAACAACGCAACAAUCUUUGUUCCAAACUUUGUUGCCACUAUGGAAAAAAUAAGUGAACAAAUGCGGACUUCUGGUUUUGGAAAAGCAGUUACAGGUUCAGGACCUGACACUAACUAUGGUCUUGCUCAAUGUUAUGGGGACCUCUCACUGUUGGACUGUGUAUUAUGCUACGCUGAGGCACGUACGGUUCUUCCCCAGUGCUACCCAAAUAACAGUGGUCGCAUUUUUCUUGAUGGCUGCUUCAUGAGAUCUGAGAAUUAUAGCUUCUUUGAAGAGUAUAAAGGACCUCAAGACACGUCAGUUUGUGGAAAUAUCACAAGAAAGAAUUCAACCUUUGAAGAAGCAGCAAGGCAGGCUGUGAUGCGAGCAGUUGCAGCAGCACCACAUAAUGGACUAUAUGCUCGGAGUCAAGUUGCAAUUCCAGGGACAAGAAAUGAAUCGGUUCAUGUUUUGGCUGAUUGCUGGAGAACUCUGAAUGCAAGCUCCUGCAGGGCCUGUCUGGAGAAUGCCUCUGCGUCUGUAUUGGGAUGCUUGCCUUCAUCAGAGGGACGAGCACUCUUUACUGGGUGUUUUAUGAGGUAUUCUGAUAAAGAUUUCCUCAACAAGGAACCAGGAAAUGGAAGUUCAAGAGGUUCCAUAAUAGUGAUAGUAGUUUCAGUUAUCAGUUCCGUUGUUGUUUUGGUGGUUGGAAUAACUGUUGGAGCUUAUAUCUGGAAGCAUAGAUACAUACAAAAGAAAAGAAGAGGCUCAAAUGAUGCUAAAAAUUUGGUGAAAACCCUAAGUGACAGUAGCUUGAACUUCAAGUACUCUAUACUAGAGAAGGCUACAGGAUCAUUUGCCGAGGCCAACAAGCUUGGACAAGGAGGAUUUGGGACAGUCUAUAAAGGAAUCCUUCCUGAUGGAAGAGAGAUUGCCGUUAAGAGGCUUUUCUUUAACAACAGACAUAGAGCAGCAGAUUUCUACAAUGAAGUAAACAUCAUCAGCAGCGUGGAACACAAGAAUCUGGUCAGGCUGUUGGGAUGCAGUUGUUCAGGACCUGAAAGCCUUCUUGUUUAUGAAUACCUGCCUAAUAAGAGUCUUGAUCGUUUCAUCUUUGAUGCAACCAGAGGUAAAACACUUAACUGGGAGCAGAGAUACCAGAUUAUUAUUGGGACUGCAGAAGGUCUAGUUUACCUUCAUGAGAACUCCAAUGUUAGAAUCAUUCACAGGGACAUAAAAGCCAGUAAUAUCUUGUUAGACUCAAAACUCCGGGCUAGGAUUGCUGAUUUUGGGUUGGCGAGAUCUUUCCAGGAGGACAAGAGUCACAUCAGCACAGCUAUUGCCGGCACCCUAGGAUAUAUGGCUCCAGAGUACCUAGCCCAUGGCCAAUUAACGGAAAAGGCAGACGUCUAUAGCUUUGGUGUCCUUCUGUUGGAGAUUAUCACAGCAAAGCAAAACAACGGUAGCAAAACCUCAGAUUAUACCGACAGCCUUGUGGCAUUAACGUGGAAGCAUUUUCAAGCAGGCAGAGUUGAGGAACUCUAUGACCCAAAUCUAAUGUUAAAUAACUUCCACAAUGGAAACAACAUUAAAGAUGAGAUAUUAAGAGCGGUGCAUAUAGGACUUCUGUGCGCUCAAGAGAUACCAUCACUGCGACCAUCAAUGUCAAAGGCACUGCAGAUGUUAACAAAGAAGGAUGAAAAUCUCCCUGCACCUACCAAUCCCCCUUUCAUGGACGAAAGGACCAUGGAACUUAACCAUGCAUUGGACAACCCAUCUCAACCCCACGAUUCUGCUGUUUAUGCAUCCAUUGCCAAUGUCUCUUACAGCUCCUUUUACCCCAGAUGACCUCUGUACAGGAUAGGGUGAAGGUAAAACCAACCUUGAUGAAGCAUCUUGUUGCUUUACAUUUAUGAUUGCGAGGUGGUUGUAACUGUUAUAAUCCAGGAAUUCGUACAUAUCUAUAGAGAAUAGUUAAGAUAAAUUUUGUAAGUCUAGCAUGGAAAUUAAGAUGAGGAUCCUUUUUUGUUCUCCCAAAGGGGGUUUAAGAAAUCAAA